UAACUCGCAAGCGAAUGCCAAUGAUGAAGACUUGCUUCUAUUUCCUGUUGGUUCGGCCCCGGCCCACGGGCGCCAACAAACCCAGCCGGGAAUGAUGCGCCAGCCAGUGUGGGGAAGUCUUACCCCUCCGGCCCCUCAUAAGCUGCUCCCGCCCGAAGCUUCCUGGUUACCUUGGUGCGGGGCAGGAGAGCGUCACCAAGCUUCAUGCCAAUCUCUCUUCCCUUCUCUUUUCAACAACUACUUAUAAUCUGUAGACAUCUAGCAUCUUCCUGUCACUACACCAGUUCUCUUGUUUAAAAACGUUCGCCCCAAACGAGUUCCAUAGAAAGAAACCCCUCCUCAUACCAUGUCGCAACGAGACACGCGCCGUCCGGGCAAGGCAGGCUCGUGGUACGAGGGAGACCCCAAGCUCCUCCGCGUCCAGCUGGACGACUUCCUCUCCGACGUCCCGGACCAGAUCGACGGCCAAGGGCUUCCGGUCCCCGGCGCCCGCGUCAUAAUCGCCCCCCACGCAGGCUACAGCUACUCGGGCGCGACCGCCGCCUGGGCCUACAAGGCCCUCGACCUGAGCCGGGCGAGGCGCGUCUUCCUCCUCGGACCCUCGCACACCUUCUACCUCGCCGGCUGCGCCGUCUCCGGGUACUCGAACUACGGCACACCGUGGGGAAGCCUCAAGGUGGACCGGCAGAUCGUGUCCCGCCUCCGCGACGAGCACAACAUCCCCGAGAUCCCGGUUGUAAACGACAACAAGGAGCACUCCCUAGAGAUGCACCUGCCCUACCUCUGGAUCCGGCUCGAGCAGACGUUCGGCUCCCCGGACAACUUCCCGCCGGUCGUGCCCAUCCUCGUCGGCGACAACAACAAGGCGGAGGAGAAGGAGGUGGGAAAGUGGCUGGCCGAGUACCUCCGGGACCCGGAGAACGCCUUCAUCGUGAGCUCCGACUUCUGCCACUGGGGCAGCCACUUCGACUACACGGUCUACUGCCCCGACGGCGACGUGACCAAGAUGCAGAAGCUCCCCCCCUACGGGCCCGCGCCCGACGGCCCGCCGAUCCACGAGAGCAUCAAGCUGGUGGACGACCUGGCGAUCGAGGCCAUCAAGACGGGCCGGCACAGCGCCUUCUACGACAACCUCAAGCAGACCAAGAACACGGUGUGCGGGCGCCACCCGAUCGGGGUCACGAUGGCGGCGCUCGAGGAGCUGGGCGACGAGGAACAGCAGCAGCAGCAGCACCGCUUCCAGUUCAUCCAGUACCAGCGCAGCAGCCUGGUCACGGGCCCGGGCGACUCGAGCGUGAGCUACGUCUCGGCGUACGCCGUGGUAUAAAAUGUUCACAGGGUCUUGUUUUUUUAAAUAUCAUCGCCCGUGAUGUCAUUGUCACAGCCAUGAAGGGGAGGGGCAGU